UGUACAGUUCUAAUCCUUUCUAUAUGUAUUUUACUAUAACAUGCGCAUUUUGGGGUCCUUAAACUCAUGAUUAAGGAAACUGCAUCAGUAAUACUUGGAAUAUAAAAGUAAGUGCAGAACAGAACAAAAUCAUUUUCAGUUGCAAUGGGAAUCUGCGGAUCAGUUGUGUCCCGGGAGAUUCAUGAUGCUGAGGAUGGCAAAGAAAAUGUGUUAUUCUUGCAAGGAAAUAAUGUUUCUAAUGGAGCUCUGGUCCUUUGUUCUCUUUACUCUAAGCAAGGGAGCAAAGGACUAAACCAAGAUGCUGCCAUUCUUCACCAGGGCUAUGGAGUGGAAGAUGGAGCUUUAUGUGGAGUUUUUGAUGGGCAUGGGAAGAAUGGUCAUGUAGUGAGCAAGCUAGUAUGCAACCACCUGCCUUCACUCUUAUUAACCCAAAAGAGCUCUCUCUCAAAGAUUAAUGCAGCAGUAGCUGAUGAUGAUAGUUUGCAAAAUCAUAUGGAUGGAAUAGAUGAUGAAUCAAUGACAAGCAAGAGCUUUCAUAUAUGGAAAGAGGCUUGUAUCAGUGCCUUUAAGGUGAUAGACAAGGAGAUAAAGCUGCAAGAGAAUUUGGACUGCUCUUGUAGUGGAACCACUGCAGUAGUUGCUAUAAGACAGGGUGAAGAUCUUGUUAUAGCUAAUCUUAGGGAUUCAAGGGCAGUCUUAGGAAUGAUGACCAAGAAAGGAGUCACGGCCUUUCAGUUAACCAGAGACUUAAAGCCAGGCUUACCUUGUGAAGCAGAAAGAAUAAAGAAUUGCAAUGGCUGGGUGGCUGCACUGAAUCAAGAACCACACAUCCAACGAGUGUGGCUGCCCCAUGAUGACACUCCUGGCCUAGCCAUGUCACGAGCCUUUGGAGACUUUGUACUCAAAGACCAUGGCAUCAUUGCCAUCCCUGAGGUCUACUAUCACCGCCUAACUUCAGAUGAUCAAUUCAUCAUCCUUGCAACUGAUGGGGUCUGGGAUGUUCUCAGUAAUGACCAAGUUGCAGCCAUUGUGUGGGCUGCAGAGAGUGAACAGGCAGCAGCAAGAGUUAUGGUGGAGGCAGCUACCACAGCAUGGAGGAAGAAGAACCCUACUGCAAAAGUAGAUGACUGUAGUGUGGUUUGCCUCUUUUUGCAAAAGAAGUAACACUCGUGCCAGUGGACAAAUCCUCUCUAAUGCUUCCUGUAUCUGCAAUGACCUUUUGGCGAUUUUUUUUUUUAAGUUUAACCCUUUUCAAGAUUUCAAAGCCACCAAUAUGUGCAAUCACUAGUUAAGAAAACAAUGAGUUGAAAAGGAAUACCCAUAACAAUUGCUUUCGACAAUAAAACUGCUGGUGCAUCAUCCGCUUAUUGGUUAAGCACCAAAAAGUAAUUGAAUAAUGCAAGAAUUAUCAACACUCUGCCGACCUCCAUCAAAUGGGAAAAUUAAUUGUUGCCUCCAAGGAACACCGCCCAUCCCCACCGAAAUGUAUUGAACAUUUGGUUCCAACAAUCAAGCUUCAUCAUCCUUGGUAUCUUGUCCUAGAAGGUCAUCAUCAUAUGAGACAGGUAUCCUUCACCUAUCAUGAACAGGCACUCGUUUAAUUCCAGUAUUUGAUUGCUUAUGUUGAUUCUGCACAUUGGAUAUGAGCUGUGAACCAUCGGACAAGCUGACUGCAUUCCCAUUCAUAAAUGCAUUGGCAGCUCCUUGUGAACCACCAUCUUUCUUUUGCUUUGUUCCUUGCCUAAUAUUUGGUUGUUUGAAUUGCUUAUGCACAACAAUAAGGCAACAUUAGCUAGCACUUUCUAUUCUCUAAAAUUAUCAUGAGUGAUGCAACGAUACCGCUGAAGGCUCAAGAGAUUUAUUGGACUCAUAAUUUCAGGUCCGCAACAAUGCAAUGCUGCUAGUGCAAGGGAAAGAUUCUUUACCACACUAUCUAGAACCAAGUCAAAGUUUUUGCAAUGAAGUAAUGAGGUUAAAGUUCAUGAAUGACAGCAAGCAGGUGGCCCAGCAAGUAAACAAACCAAAUUAUACAAACAUGAAAGGUAGUACACUUUAAUUUCUAACAGAGAACUCCUAGAUUCUUUAGUUUUAAAAGCUUAUCACCCUCUUCAGUAUGACUUUGGAAAGCAUAUCAAUGCAAUUGUACAUUUACACUAGUCAAUAAACAUAUAAAAAAAUAUAUAAAUAAUGAGAUGUAGACAACUAUCACCAAAAGUGAGGGAGAGCUAGAAAGAGAGAAUGCACCAAAGUGGCAA